AUGAGUAAACCUGAUAAGGGUUUUGAAGAAACCAACGACACCCUACCUGAAAGUACAGGUAGACAAUAUGCUGUAGAGGGGUACACUAAUGAAAGUAUUGCAGUUCCCCAAACGAAAUAUCAGGAGUACUAUACUUAUCCGAAUGCAGGAGUUCAUGAAUAUGAAAAUAAGAAAAAUUCUUCAAUGAAUAUUAGUUGCUCAGGAAACUCAUUUAGUUGCAAACCACAAAAUCGAAAAGUAUUUAUUCGCACAGUUGACAACAAACGUAAAACGAGCAAUAAAAAAUAUAAUUCUUUUAAUAAUUCAUUCUGUCAAGAAUAUAAUCCUUAUGUAAUAUAUCCCAGUAAUUCAAUCCAAGGAAGUAAUAUAGAAGAUUAUAAUUAUGCUAUGCCUAUGAGUGAUAAAAAUGCAGAAUAUAAAGAAAAAUAUAUAAGCAAUAAUCCAAGUAGGUUAACUUAUGCAUAUCUAUCUGAUGAUAUUAAUUACUCUCUAAAUGGGCAAUUUAUGGAUCUUGACAAUAUGCACACCAAUGUGCCAAUAUGUAUUAGAGAAUCGUUUCAAAGCAACAGAGUGAACAACCUUAUGAAUCGUAUGUAUCCAAUGAGUCAGGAUGAAUAUAAUUUAAAUAACACUCUACCUAAUGUAGUAGACUUAAAAUGUGAUGUCAUUGCGAAAGACAUUUUAAGAUAUAUUCGCAUGUUUAUAAGAUAUAUUUAUAAAGUAGUUAAAUUAGCUUUUGCAAAAAUUAAAAGGGACUUAAACACUAAAGAAAUUUACUUUGACCCUACAAUACCACCAAUUCAUCAAAUGGAUAUGGAAUGUGAAGUUUGUAGAAAAAAAUAUGGAGAUAUAUUAUUAGAUGCCCAUCAGAAGGACUGUAUAAGUUUUUUUGAAGGGGUUGACGAAUCUCGUACUAUAUUUUCUAAAUUAUGGGAUAUUAUAAAUAAUUGGCUAGACUCAAAAGAAAGUGAUAAAAUUGACGUCUUAAGAAGUCAAAGAAGCGUAGAACAGCUAAUUCAAGAAAAUAGAAAGGAGUAUGAAGAGGUUUAUUAUCAAAUGGAAAAUUUCCCAAGGGACGAAAAUGGAAAAAUCGAAUUACCUCAAUUCAAUGAUAUUUCGAGACAGAGCAUCGUAAUGACAUAG